GAAGAGCUAAUUGAAAUGGAAAGAUAUGUUUGCUUUGAUAAUAUUGCUGAAAGUUCUAUGCAAGCAUUGUCUAAUAAUGAUACCAAAGAGAAAGCUGAUAAUAAGACAUUGAUUUACUGA